AGUGAAGGGCUGGUUGCCCUGGGACGAUUCUAUCUAUUGCAAUGCUGGAGAGAGGGAUCCAAGAAUAGUGCUGAGGCCUCCUCUGCCUGACCCCAUCGUCAGAGCCCGGAUCCUGGCUGUCCCUCGACCCUAAUCAUAAGUAACGUUCAUGCAGUUAAACUGGCUUCUAGCCAUAUUCGUGAGGUGUUCCUGGGAAGGUUGCAGGCACAACAUGGGGUUGUCACAUUAUCUGUGGGUCAGUCUCAUCUUUAAAAAGCCACGUCAGGGUUGGUAAGGCAAAACAUAACAUGUUUGAACAAAGGGACUUGUCCAGAGAAACGCAUUCUACAAACGUACCAUCUGCAUCUUCAGAGUGAAGCUUUCCUUUUUCGACCUGAGGGCGCCAGAGGAGGUGAGUCUAAUCCCUCAAACAUCAGCAACCCGCACUAGCAAGCCAGUCUUCUCCAAGUCUAUUGGCUGAUUCCUACUCUCUCCUCCUAUCACCGCUGCCGUUAACCCUCGGCCUGUACUUUGAUUUGUCCUCCCCGCAGUCGCUCUGCGCCAGGGGCGUUCAGAGGCAGCCACUGGGAGUUGCUGGAUUCGGGUUUUAAAAAACGCCGGCAGAGAAUCGGCAGUGUGGGUCAUUUGAACCCGCGGCGGCGCGGGCGGCGACCGAGCACCCACCCCGCCGGGGCACGCAUUCGAGGCGCUUCCGGGCCUCCCUCAGACGCCAGCCUUUGCCCGCGGACCCCGAAGGCCGAGGAGGAGCUGCGGGGCGCAACCCUCCGCGCCAGCCAUGGACCCGCCCCGCCGUAUACGCAAGCCCCAAACCCCGAAGAGGCGCGUCUCCAGCCCUGUCCCCGGCCCCUCCCGGCCGAGCAUCUCCUUAGGCGCUUCCUCCCGCCCGCGUGGCCGCCGGAGAUCCCAGGUUCUGAAGGAGAUCCGAAAGCUUCAGAAGAGCACACACCUGUUGUUGCGGAAGAGUCCCUUCAGCCGCCUGGCAAGAGAAAUCUGUGUUAGAUUCACUCAUGGUGUGGACUUCAGUUGGCAAGCCCAAGCCCUGUUGGCCCUACAAGAGGCGGCAGAAGCAUUUCUAGUCCAUCUCUUUGAGGACGCCUAUCUCCUCUCCCUACAUGCUGGCCGAGUUACUCUCUACCCAAAGGAUGUGCAGCUCGCCAGGAGGAUCCGAGGCAUCCAGGAAGGGCUCGGCUGAGCUCCUGCCACCCGGCUUGGUGAGCCUUUCCUGCUCACCAGAGGUGAUACCAGGGAGUCUGUCCCGAGGAACAGAUCCAUGGAGUAUGAGAUGCAGCCUGUACUUGCUGUCUCUGAGCAGAGUGGACACAUUUUUGUAAUUUCUUUUUUAAGAAGGAGAAGACUGCAUGGCUUUCCUCUGUAACAGAGGUAGUAUAUGAGAAAAUCAACACAUUUCCAAAGGCCUGAGAAUUAUUUUCAGCUAACUAGACUCCAGGGUUUACAAAUUAUUCAUAGGACUAUUUAAUGACUUUGAAGACAUCAGAUUUUCUGGGUUAUGGGAGAAAAGGAUAUUUAGUAAUUAUUUUAGAUCUUCUGUACCAUUUAACAUUUUUACCAUAUGUAUAUUUACAUUUUUAAAAAAUAUAAGGAGAAAAAGAAGACCACUUCAGCCAGCUGCAUGGAGGAACUUGGCACGUUGAACAUAUAAAUCUCUGUCCUUCAGAUUAAGCUCAGCUUUAGUGGCUGCAGCAAGUUCCUAUGUGGACUGUGCCUGUCAACGAAUGUAUAGCUUUUCUAAAACUCAAUUGGGGUUAAAACUUUUUAAAUCUUUAAGUUUUGAUGUUCUAGUUUCUUGUAACAAAUUCCUAUGAAAAUCACUCAGAAAUUCUAACUUGUAGAAUUUCUCUUAUUUGUAAAUCACAGAAAAUAUAUCAUAAUUUAUAUGUUAGAAUUUUUCAUUCCAGGAUUUUAAAGUGCCUUUCCAGUGUCUUUAUAGGUAUUUUUAUAACUUCUUUGUGAAGAGAUAAUAAAAAUUAAAAUAAUUCUUUAAUGAAAAAAUUUUAAGGGAAGUUACUGUUUUAGCAUACAGAGGCUAUACUGUAUUUUUGGUUUGCUAACAUUGAGUUCUUCAUUUGUACACUGUGUGCAAACAGCCAACGUUGAAAGAAGAUUCAAGGGAUGUGUUUUUGCCUCCAGUUGAGUAGAGAAUGAGCAGAUGAAAACCUUGCCCUUCCAUUGUAACUGAAAGCAGUUUAAGAGAUUUCCAGAGAAAUGGGAAAUCCUACCCAAAUAUUUUUAUAUUUUAUGUUUGGUGAAAAUGAUUAGUAAGAGGGAGAUCACUAAUAAUGCUGUGUUGGUCAACUGAAUUCAGAGAAACAUUAAAAAGAAGGACCAAGCUCUAUUGUUAAUAAAUUUUAACCCUUUGGAAAAA